AUGGAACACUCCCAUCUUUUCACAGCAUUCACUAUCUUUCUAAGCUUCUUUACUCUUACCCUAGCUCUACCAACCAACAGUCUUGCAACUACUGGCCAUUUCACGAUCGAGCAAAGACUCAUAAACACCAUUAAAUCGGAUUGGCCACCGAAAGAACUAUGGAGGGGCCUCAGAAAACAUCACAGACCUCUACCACCCGCUGUCUCUCGCAUAAGUAGGCACGGAGGCUCUUUUGCCAAUGGCACCGUCAAAGUCACUCCCGACGAAUACGAUACCGAAUUCGUUAAUGAAAUUACAAUCGGAAAUGAUACUCUCUUCGUUGACAUUGAUACUGGUUCUUCUGAUUUCUGGGUUUUUUCAUCCCAGCUUCCGGAACAAUCACAACGGAACCAUCGCAUCUAUCAUCCAGAAAAAACAGGAAUAAAGCUUCCCAAACAAAUUUGGGAAACCAGUUACGGUGAUGGGACUGGAGCUGCUGGAAAUGUAUUCUUAGACAAAACCAAUCUCGCCGGAUUGGAAGUGUCUUCCCAAGCUGUGCAAGCAGACACGUGGACUUGGUUUGGAAAUAUUAUGGAGAAACUCGAAAACCCUAUCUUUACUGCUUGUCUGAAGCAUAAAGCUCCUGGGUUCUAUGACUUCGGCUUUAUUGAUAAAACGAAACAUAUCGGGGACCCUAGCUAUCUGCCUGUUGAUAAUUCAAGAGGAUGGUGGGAAACUACCUUCAAUGGAUUUUCCACUGGACCCAAUGAUAAUUCUACAUAUCGAUUUAAGGCGGUUGUUGAUACUGGAACUACGUUCAUGCUUCUACCCAGGGAAAUUACCGAGCAAUACUAUUUCUCGAUCACCGGUUCGACGUUUGAUAGAGAGAAUGGAGGUUGGAUAUUUCCAUGCAAUGCAACCCUGCCAGAAUUCGCAAUUCAUAUCAAUGACUAUAAAGCCAUUGUACCCGGUGAGCAUAUCAACUGGGCACAGAUCCCAGGAACCAACAUAUGUUUUGGGGGGAUUCAGCCUGUGGACCACUCACCUGCUGUGCUUGGGGGGUCAUUUUUAAAAAGUCAAUUCGUUAUUUUUGAUCACGAUGGUCCGAAGAUGGGGUUCGCCGCUCAGAGAUAA